AUGGCAGAUGCUUUGAGUAGAAAUUCUUUGCAUAUGUCGGCGCUUAUGGUUAGAGAUUUGAUUGAGCAGUUUAGAGAUCUUAGCUUGGUGUGUGAGAUAACACCAGAGAGUGUGAAAUUAGGUAUGCUGAAGUUGAUUAGUAAUGUGUUAGAAGAAAUCAAAAAAGAUUUUCCAGAGCUUAAGAAGAUAAUUAUUGAAGAAAGUCACAGAAGUAGUUCGAAUAUUCAUCCUAGAGCUAUUAAGAAGUUGACAGAGAUCUACUUCAGUAUGAUUGUGAAGUUGCAUGGUAUUCCUUCGAGCAUUGUUUUAGAUAGAGAUCUGAGGUUCACAUCAAGGUUAUGGGAGAGUUUGCAAUAA